AUGGUAGACCUUGCGAUACCAGGAAAGGACGCUGUGGAGGGCCCUGUUGCUCGUGCGGCAAAGCUGGAUGGACCUCAAUUCACAUCCCGCUCGGCUCGUGGCCCUGCGUCUGAGGCGCAGGCAAAGCCGCACUUGGCCACACACAAUCUGAGCUGGACAAGCAUCGCAGUCUUGUCCUUCUUGACAAUCGCCUGUGCCGCUUUAUCAUCCCGUCUUAUUGCACAGUGCAGAAAAGAAGAGCCUAAUGGCACACAAGCGGGAGCCGAGGUAGGACGAAACGGACUUUUCCUGUUUGCUCAGCUUGCCGGCUUAGGCCUGCAGCUGCCCAAUGCUCGGCAUAGCGCAGGACAUGCUGCUGUACCUGGCUUCAUCAGAAGCGGUACAGUCCUGUAUCAUGCCAGAACAGAUGCGGGCCUGCCCCCCAGUCCGGAAUGGCUCGCUUGGGACGUCGAGAUGAGCUGUGAGCUGCGAGUGGCCUACCUGGUUGCGCUGGAUCGACCGCAUCCCCGAUCUGACAAUGCUCUGUGCAACGCCUCCUCAUCCACCUUCAAGUUGCGAUCAUGGCAAGCAGGCCGUCAGAGAAUGGCACAUGUAAGUGACCCCUCGUCCUUGCAUCCACAGAGCGCACGUAUGCAGCAAGUUGACAGGCGAUCUCGCUCACUCUGCGUCACGCCAGUCCUACACACAUAUGCGCUCCAAAGACCCCUCCGCGUCUUGUACCUUGAUGGGCAAUCAGCCGCACUCAGCGUCGAGCUCGGCGGGACGCAAAGUGCGGAGCUUCUUCUUCGGGGUAAGUCGGUGACGAAAGGGCAUCGCGAGGAUCGCGGACCAGGCACCCCUCGCCAUGAUGAACCAAAUUGGUGGGAUGACUAUGGCAGGGCCGUAAGGCUCUGUCGGUGGGCGAAACGGCAUGGGUCUAUCAUCGAAGCGAUUGUCAGGAUGAACACGGUGAGAGCCCGGGCGCCGUACGAGCCAAGAUUGCUCAGACGUUGACUCGAAGCCUGCAUAUCGUCCUGGCCUGCCUUACGGCACAAAUAGGGCUUGUAAGUCUGUGCUCGCUAUGGAGCUCAGUCGGGUCUAUGCUAAGCUGGUCUCUCUCCAUCCGCCACAGCGAAGUCCUUAUGUGUGAUCUCACAUCAUCUGCUCUCAAGCCACUCAAUCACCUCAACAUCACCGUUCCGGGCACCCCGCCCUUUCCAGCCCACAUGAGAAAGGGCAAGCACAGACCUAAGGGGCCGCCUCCAGGUCAUGCCGACCGGACUCAUCGCCGCAAAGCCCACGCAAAGAAAGAAAGAGGAGGAGGACAUGGUCGAAGACCCCAUGCAGCUCACCGGCGUCACGAACACAAAGAGCACCCCGCAAAUCAUGAACAUAUGCGCCACCCUGAUCACCAAGAUUGGAGUCGUUCAAAGUCUCACAAGCACAGCCAACGUCGAUUUGUUGAUGACGGACAGGCUACACAUUGCACCGACGCGGUGUACGGACCACCAUCUUCUUUACCGGAUCUGCCUCAUGGAAUGAGAGGGCAUGUCUCUGAUGACCGGCCGGGUGGGCAUCCCUCAGAUGGUCCUUAUCCCAAGAGACCACGGGGCCCUCCGCCUCGCGGACUGAAGUCGUGAGUAUGUAGUACCGCGGUGCGUCGCAAUGAUGCACAAAACGAUUUUCGUUGACCUCGGCAGCUUCAUCCGCACCACAGUCCUUUGCUGGCACGGGGCUCUUUCGAGUGGCUUCGCAGCGCUACAGCACGGAACACUUCUCCACAACCCAGUCUUGUGCUGGACGCUGGCUUCGCAACAACUUUGUAUGCUCCAGAUUACUCGUCCCUCGAUUCUGCACGAUUCAACAAGGAUGGCCGCCCUCGUAGGAUGAGAAACCACCGAAUUUGGGGGGAGAUUUCCCAGCACGAUGCGGAAAAAUGGCAAAGGGCUGUGGCGAAAAAUGUCGAGGCUUGGCACAGGACGCAUGAGCCGCGCAUUUUCGCUUGGUAUCGGAGGCCCAAAGUGCAUCUGGAAGCUGACUGGUCUGAAAAGGCCAGAGGGGUCCAGGAGCAUUGGGGAAUGAGACUGGAGUCGAUCGCACGUCUACUGCAAGACGCCACAAUGUCGCUCUACCAGCAGCACAACGCCUCGGCUCGCGCGGCCACGCCCAUUGCUAAAGCGUCGGCGGCUGCUCAAAUUUUUGCCGAGGUCACUCAGGUUGUCGAGGAGAUCAACGUACUGACCUACUCUCUCCUGGCGCAUGCUCUCGUGGGUCCGACUGUCCCUUGGCCGCGCUCCAGUGCAAGCCCAGAUUCAGAUACCACCCGUGCAGAAUGGAAGACGGGGCUUUUAGAGCGAUGCGCUGGGGAAAGAUUGACCGACAAUACUAGCAGGACUGCUCGUGAGGGACCCACAUCAAGCCUGUGGAACGCUGCCAUUCUAUCUACACAAAAGGUUCUCUGCUACAUGACGAUCGAGCUGUUCGACGAGACUCUGUCACGUCGAUUUGCUGCUGCACGUCCAGAAGCGUUGGAUGCCCAGAACACGCACGACGCUGGAUGGCUGCAUCGCUGGGAAGAUCGUCUGGACACGCUACGCUCUGAGCUCGAGUGGAGUUCGUGGGACACUUGCCCCGAAGCCUGCGGAGCAGAUGUGAGUUUCGCUCUGAACUGUGACGCAUGCGCCAUAUCGCUCACGAGCUUCCAAAUUCUCCCUCUUGCGGUGCAGUCCUUCUGCUACAUUCCAUCAUGGCCACUGUCGAUGUUCAUGUCGGCUGGCCCACCCCCUGGCCCACCGCCCGACGAUCCCGGUCCUGGCGGUCCGAAUCCCCUGCGCGAAGGCGCCAGCGUUGGUGGAUGUGUCCCGCAUCGCGAUGGCGUGGAGUCACCGGAAAUGCACCAGAAACACAUGGCACAGCAUCGUAGCGGUAGAGAUGGUGAUCGAAAAGGCCUCCCUCAUCACCCAAGCGCGCGAAAUGGCGUUUUCUUUUGGAGGCACCUGGCUCCGCGUUGGGCUCUCAAGAUGGCUACUUCAGAGCGCGGCCACCCUCAGAACAUGUACAAGCAACUGGCUCAUUCGCAUCGACCCAUCUGGAAGGCGAAUGA